AGGUGGGAUUCCUGCCGGGUGCAUGAUGAGGUGCAAACUUGAGGCGAGUGAUGGGACCGGUUGCAUAAUGAGUUAUCAAGAAACCACCGUUCUUCUCUCUCGUCUUCCCUUAGGCGGAUCGCCCGCUCGUCGCUCUCUUUCAUCCGCCUCUUAGAGAGAGAGCGAGAGAGAGAGAAGGAGGGAGAGAGAGUGCGAGAGCGAGGGAAAAGAGCGAUCAAACCCUAAUUUCUCCCCCUUCCCUUCAUGUUUCUUUCCCGGUAAACCCUAGCUUUCAAUGCUCAAAAUCCCUAGUCCCUCGAUUCCUGCAUUAAAAAUGCCGUCUUCUCUCGCAGGCCAUCGGAGACCGAGGAGGAAUUCGCGCGGCUCCCGUCGAUCCUGAGCUACUCGCCAUGGGGGAUCCCCCUCGGCGAAGGUUCUUGAUAGGGUACGCCCUCGCCCCCAAGAAGCAGCAGAGCUUCAUCCAGCCCUCGCUCGUGGGCCUCGCCGCCGAUCGGGGCAUCGAUCUCGUCCCUAUCGACCCCGCCCACUCCCUCUCGGAUCAGGGCCCCUUCGAUUGCGUCCUCCACAAGCUCUAUGGCGACGACUGGAAGGCCCAGCUCGAGGAAUUUUCCGCGCGGCAUCCGGACGUCCCCGUCAUCGACCCCCCUCACGCCAUCGAGCGCCUCCACAACCGCAUUUCCAUGCUCCAGGUCGUCUCCGAGCUCGAGAUCCCCCAGGAUCGGGAGACCUUUGGGAUCCCCAGCCAGGUCGUGAUCUACGACUCCGGCGCCCUCUCCAACUCCGGCGUCGUCGGCGCCCUCCACUUCCCGGUCAUCGCCAAGCCCCUCGUCGCCGACGGUAGCGCCAAAUCCCACAAGAUGUCGCUGAUCUACCACCGCGACGGCCUCCUUAAGCUUAAGCCGCCUCUGGUUCUCCAAGAAUUCGUCAACCAUGGUGGGGUCAUCUUCAAGGUGUACGUCGUCGGAGACUACGUCAAAUGCGUCAAGAGGAAGUCCCUCCCAGACGUCUCCGAGGAGAAGCUGGAGUGCACCCAGGGCUCAAUAUCCUUCUCCCAGGUGUCCAACGUGACAGCUCUAGACCGGACCGAGGAGGAGUACUACGAGACGAUGCACCUGGAGGAGGCGGAGAUGCCGCCGCUGAGAUUCCUCACCGAGAUCGCCCGGGGGCUGAGACGGGUGAUGGGGCUACACCUUUUCAAUUUCGAUGUGAUCAGGGAUGUGAAGGUUGGGAACCGGUAUCUCAUAAUCGACAUUAACUACUUUCCCGGGUAUGCUAAAAUGCCGUCAUAUGAAACAGUUUUGACAGAGUUCUUUUGGAAUAUUGUUAAUAAAAAGAAAGAGGAUGGAUCAAAUCCAGCUUCGAAUGAUGUUGACAAUGAAAGAGAGAUUUUGGUCAGUGAUCAUCUGGGGACUGCCGGAGAAGUGGAGAAUGUGGGCUGACAUCCAGAAGUUUGCAGUAAUCUUGUUUUUGUUGAGCACUCAAAAAGAGGUGGUGCCACUCUUGCUAGCUUACAUGAUGAGUCUAGAAAGAUUAGCUGGUUAUCUUCUUGCAAUGAAGUACAGCAGGACCUUAAGAGCAUUUAUUUUUCAGUAUAUGUUUAUUAGGCCUUGGAUACUCAGAUUUGUUAUUUCAAUGUAUCAGCCCUUGAUGUGAAGUUGAAGUCGUUACAAAUGCUGACAUAAGCAUGAAAUGCUAAUUAUGUUGGCUCAUCUUUUGUCCUUUGGUCGAACUUAAUAUCUCAAGCAUAAGUGAUUAAAGGUCUUGCUAUGUUACGUGGAAUAUCAUAAUUUCUAGCCAGUGUAAGUAUGACCGUUGGUAUUCAGCAAAACAAGAAUGAGAACAUUCUGAAAGUGUGGGGCAAACUCAAGUCUACCAAAUUGUUAAGAGUAUACGUACUCUUUUUCUCCUUGAUAA